AUGUUUUGUUCACAGAAUGAGGAAGUCGUCAUUGGCAUAUGCUCUCCCACGGACCUUGAUUAUAUUGUGAAUAUAUUCGGACUGAUCAGAUUGGGAUAUACUGUCUUUCAGCUCUCCCCUCGUCUCCCGCCGAGCGCCGUCAAAGAACUCUUAGCCCGAAUACAAAAUGGUCGUCAUGCAUUGCUAUACGCUCCAGCCCAUACGUCCUUCAAGCUUGAUGCUCUUGAUGAUUUAGAGUUGCACCCGAUCGUGCAGCGUGAUGAGUACGAUAAUUCAAAGCACGCCCAAACUCCAGAAUUCCUACUCGAGGGGGUUGAUUACGCCAAGGAACACUAUCGACGAUGUCUAAUCCUCCACAGUUCCGGUUCGACUGGUCUCCCGAAGCCUAUUGAUUACAAUCACCAAAAGUUGCUUGCGGCGGGUGUGUACGCCCUAGAUGCUACUGCUUUUAUAAGCAUGCCCUUUUCGCAUGCUCUUGGAAUGAUGUCAUACAUGCAAGCAAUCCACAAGCGCAGAACCAUCUUCGCAAUGAGCGGUUAUGUACCGCAGACUCAUGAUACUGUCACAGCCGCCGUUAAAGCAGCCAACCCUGAUAUCAUGUGGACAGUUCCAUAUAUUUUAAAGCUAUUGGCCGAGAAGCCUGAUGGGAUUGAUGCUAUCAAGAAUUGUCGAUUCGUGAGCAGUGGAGGGAGUAAGCUGCCUGAUGAGCUCGGUGACAUGCUCACUGAAGCCGGUGUACAUAUUGGCAUGCAAUUUGGAUCGACCGAAACUGGACUUAUCUUGAGCUCGGCCUACAGGCCCCGCGAAGACAAGGCGUGGAAUUACCUUCGGCCACCAGCACACGUUGCGCCGUACAUAAUAUUCAAGCCAGUCGACGAUGAAAAGUACGAAUGCGUCGUUCUUGAUGGCCACAAAGGCAAGACACUUUCGAAUUCAGACGAUCCACCUUAUUCGUGGCGGACAAGUGACCUUUUUGUACCCCACCCAACUCUUUCUAAUGCAUGGAAGUUUGUUGGUAGAUUGGAUGACCGCAUCACGCUCAUCAACGGCGAAAAGGUAUUGCCACUCAGCAUUGAGGCUCGGAUUAAACAAAAUCCACUUGUCAAAGAAGCUGUUGUUUUUGGUAUUGGUCGUGAGGUACCCGGGUUGUUACUGUUCCGAGAGCUGGGCACGAGUCACCUAGACGACAAGGAAUUUCUUAACCAGGUUUGGCCUAGUAUUAAAUAUGCGAACAGCCAUGCUGAAUCAUUCUCUCAAAUCAACAAAGAAAUGGUAGCAAUCCUCCCGAUGGAUGUCGAGUGCCCCUUAACGGACAAAAAUUCCAUCAAGCGUGGACUCAUUUACGAGCAGUUCGCCGACCUCAUCGAUACCAUCUAUGUAGCUGCUGAAAGCUUCAGCAAAGUACAGUCUCUUCAACUAACCAUACCAGAACUCGAAAACUGGAUUCUUGGCAAUAUUAGGGCUAGAGGUUAUGAGCUUGAGGAUGUUAAUACCGACUUCUUCACCGCAGGCAUGGACAGUCUUCAGGCAAUUUACCUUCGAGGUGUGAUAUUAAAAAAUCUUGACCUUGGAGGUCGGGAGUCAGAAUGCACAUCUAUGAUAGUUUUUGACUGCGGAAAUACCCAGCGGCUUGCCAGGAGACUACAUGCCAUUCGCACAGGAGAAAACUCUGAGAAUGGGAGAGACAUGGAUAUAAAUACUAUGAACAGUUUUAUCGACAAAUAUGGUGAUUUUGCGAAGUAUGAGAAACAUGUGAAUGGAACAUUGCCAACGUCUCUAAACAACAACCAUGUCAUUAUCUUAACUGGCGUCACCGGAUUCUUAGGGGCUCAUAUUCUUGCCGCGCUGGUAGCCUCAAGCAGUGUUAGCAAAGUAUAUGCCUUUACGCGGCCUGGCAGCGAGGAUGGACAAAUUCCACUGGCUCGUCUAGAGCAUUCUUUACAGACUAAAGGGCUUAGCAUUCCUCUAAAUAAAGUCAUACCUCUUUACGCCGAUACCACACAGGAAAGUUUCGGUCUCCAGACUGCGGGAUUGUACCAAAAAUUGAAAUCAGAGGUCACCCAUAUAAUCCACUGUGCUUGGGCAGUGAACUUCGCAAUUCAUCUUACCGCAUUCGAACCACAACUUCUUGGCCUGCACAACCUGUUGGCCUUUGGUUUGCAGUCGGUCCGAAAUGCGCGCUUGUUAUUCUGCUCCUCGAUAGGAACAGCCCAAGCGAGUCCGGGCCCUGCAACUAUCGCUUCGGCACUGAUCCCAUCAUUUGAUAUCUGUUCCCCGAUGGGAUACUCGCAAUCAAAACUUGUUGGAGAGUACAUCAUUGAAUCAGCCAGUAAAAUCGGUGCGAAUGCAACCGUGCUACGCAUCGGCCAGAUCAUCCCAGGACGGCGUCGUGGAACCAAACUCUGGAAUCCAUCUGAAGCGGUGCCGCUCAUGAUCCGUUCCGCUAACAAAGAUUCUGCUGGAGCAUUACCCAUCCUUGAUACUGGGCGCGACACUUGUGACUGGAUAGAGGCUGAUACGCUGGCCGACACGAUCCUGCAGCUCGCCGGCAUUGAGCAUACAGUGGAUUCUACGCAGCUUGUCUACAACCUCGUCAAUCCGCGCACUUUCUCAUGGAAGGAUGAUCUUUUGCCGUCUCUGCUUCGCGCUGGACUGAAAUUUGAUACCGUUCCGUGGCAGGAAUGGUUAGAACGCCUUGAAGCAAGUACAGAGGAUACAAGCAGCAACCCUAGCAGAAAGCUGCUUGAAUUCUGGCGUAAACAAACGCAUAGAGACGGUAGGAUUACUUUUGACACAGCCGCUGCCGAAGCUUCAAGCCUAGCUUUGAGAGAGUCAACGCGACUUGUUGAUGAUAACUUUAUUGAGCAAGUUAUUGAAGCCUGGAAGACACAUGAGAUUACAGGCAAGGCCCAAUGA